AUGACUUCGAGGUUCAAUUCGAAGAAAUUCGAGUACGUGCGAUAUUCCGCCAUGAGCAACGAUCCGGAACCUGAAUCCGCCUAUGCCGGCCAAGCCGCGAAGCUAUCCCUUAUCGAUCCCGAGGAUGACGAUGACGGAGCUGGAACGGCGAUGAGAGCGGAUUAUGUGACGGAAAGGGAUACAGUGGUUGUUCUGGAGGAUGGAGGUCGAUUGCCCGGGCCACCAUUGGAGGAAUCGGAGAGAUUGAAUGGACUCAGAAGACAAGCAAGGGGUAUUGGUGGUAAUAUGAUUAGUGAUGCCGAAGGGACGGAAGAGAUCGUCAGCGAAGAGGAUAGACUAGCAGCGGGCGACGAAAGGAGUGGCUCACAUGAUAGGGGAGGGAAUGACGGGCAAACAUCAGGCCAAGGCUCACUUGGAAAAACUAUGCCGCCCUCGCAAACGCAUCCUCUAUUUCCACCUCUGCCGCUAUACGGCCCGUCGUCAAUCACAAGAAACCUACAAUGUUGGACAUUCAGGACUACCAGUUUUUUCAUUACCUGUGCAGUUUUAGGAGCUAUUGUGAUGGGAGCAGGCGUUAUGACUGUGCCGGCUAUUUUUACUUAUUUAUGGUAUAAGGGUACAUUCAGGGAUCCAGACCGAGGACGGAUAUUCUACGAGGAAGAAAAAAUACGAAGGAGGAGGAGAAGGGAAGAGGAAAAUCAUUGGAAGAAGAUGAACCGCCAAAAAUUAUCUAAGGAAAAAGUGGAUGAUGUUGAAGGUGAUGCGGGACAAGGGGAUUUUGUACCGACAGAGGGGGGUAGAGAUCCGCUUGUUUGUGAUGUGGGAUAUUAUGCACGAAGGGUAGGUCUAGACGUCGAGGAACUAAAGGUUCAGACAGAAGAUGGAUUUAUCAUUGUUCUUUGGCACGUAUACGACCCAAGUGAAUAUACGCCCAUGACGGCGGAGCAACGAGCGGCUCGGGGCCCAAGUCGACCACUUUCUUCAGACUAUAAUCGCAAAUCAAAGUAUCCCGUGCUAAUGAUCCACGGUCUCUUGCAAUCAUCUGGUGCUUAUUGUACUAAUGAUGACCACUCCCUGGCAUUCUAUCUAUGCAAACAAGGCUAUGACGUUUGGCUCGGCAAUAAUCGAUGCGGAUUCAAGCCAGAACAUACACUUCUUGACUAUAGUGAUCCUCGUAUGUGGGCUUGGAAUAUUCGGCAGAUGGGGGUUCUGGAUUUGCCAGCACUUACUUCUCGCGUUUUAUCCGAAACUGGCUUCCCCAAAUUAGCCCUUGUUGGCCAUUCCCAAGGUACAACUCAAACGUUUGUCGCGCUCGCGAAAGAGCAACGGCCUGAACUGGGUGAAAAAAUAAGCGUGUUUUGUGCAUUGGCUCCAGCCGCAUAUGCUGGACCGCUCAUUGACAAGGGCUAUUUCAAAUUCGUGCGCAAGAUCUCUCCUUCGGUCUUUCGCAUCAUCUUUGGUAUUCAUUCUUUUCUUCCGUACAUGAUGCUCUUCCAUAAGAUUAUUCCAGGAAAGAUUUUUGGGACUUUAGGAUAUCAUGUUUUUCACAUGUUGUUCAAAUGGAGUGAUGCUAGAUGGGACAAAGGAACCCGAGAUCGUUGUUUUCAAUUCGCUCCUGUGUAUGUAAGUGCAGAAAGUAUGAGGUGGUGGCUGGGGAGGGAUGGCUUUGCAAAGCACAAGUGUAUAUUAGCAACGAGAGAGGAGAGUAUGCAGGAAGAUGAGGAAGAUAGAUUGGUAUGGGGUGAUGCUCAGAAUGAUUCGGACAGCAAUGACGAGAAGAAGAAGUUGACCUCCAAAGGAAAGAAGGCGGAGAACGAGAUGCAACCCGGAGCAGAAAUGAUGGAAAAUGAAGGAAAGAGAGAACCUAAGAGAAGCAGAGCUUGGUAUAAUGAGCAGGUACCCCCGUUUGCAUUAUGGGUGUCGGGAUCCGACGAUUUGGUGGAUGGAAGGAAGCUACUCCGGAGGUUCGAGAGAGGAAGAGAGCCAUGUGUGAAGGUCGUGCAUCAGAAGGUGAUAGAAGAGUAUGAGCAUUUGGAUGUUAUUUGGGCCGUGGACGUUCUCGAGAAGGUAGGCCGAGAGGUGAAAGAAGUGAUUUGGAAAACGUGUUCAGCACCGGACCGAAGCAACUGCCGUAUUCCGCUUGGAUGUGAACAAGUGGGAGUUUGGGACGGCGUAGAGAGGACUGGUAUCUUUGAGAGCCGAGAUUUUGCAAAGAGUAGUCGAGAUCAAUGUGACAGCGAUCGUACUCUAUGA